ACUGCAAAAUGCAGCAUGCAUUAUUCACAUUCUGGAACCUGCUUCUAUCUGAUGCUGUUAGUUCUCUCUGUAUGUUUUGGUUUGGUUUUGUGUUCUUAUUUUUUUUGUAUAACCAAAUGUUGUAAUUACCCUGUGCAUUCAGAUUACAUGUCCUAUUAAAAAAUGCAUCUUCAGGGCAAGCAUAAAUUCUAGAGGUAAUGAUAAGAACAAGCUGCAAGACGAUAUGUGCUUUGAAGAUAGUUCAUACCUUGCAGUUUACUUUUCCAAUAUCAAAUUGUUGGGGUAGCUCAGCUGUUUUGUUAGAUCCAUAUUUCUCUGAAGCCAUACUUUCUUAAAAACUGGUUUUAACAUAAAGUGCUUGGUGCAGUGAAAGGCAUGCAGGGGUCUGCGACAGGAAGGCAGCCUGGGCUCUAGCCCUCCAGAAGUGCCAGGUACAACAGCUGCUCUCCUGUCCCUCUCUGCCUCUGCAGAUUGCAAUUCCAAAAGCCAGGAAAAAUGAUGGGAUGAUUCCUGGAAGAGAUUUUGUGAUGCAGCAGGUAUAUGGAUGUUGGUGGUCUUUGAAGAACCUUGUAUAGAUUCUUCUGCUGUUACUGUAUUUUUGAGUAUCUCAUUUCAGGAGCUAGUUGAAUUUUCUGGUUGUAUUGACAUGGCCUUAGAUAACAGUGAUUUAAAGGGAACCUUAAGCUUGAGUUCUCUGAAGUGCCCUUCUUUCGGAGCAUAUGGUACUGAAAUGUCUUGCCUGAAGCACAUCUAACCUCUUUUUGCAGUGGUCCUGUGAACAGCAGCAUACAGAAUGAAAACGUUGAACUGAUAUUUCUAGAAAUUAAACAUAACAUGUGCCAUACUUUGGGAAUAUUUGUUUUCCUCUCUCAAGGUUUCAAUUCACUGUAUUCUGGUAGCCCUUGCAAGCUGUUCAUUUCAAAAAUAAAACAUUAAAUCCCAAGAAUCAAAGUUUCCAAGCAACCAAACCCAGCAAACAAAACUAUUGUACAUGAUAUUUACACCUUUGUUGCCUGGGAAUCCCGUUGCUGCUCCACACCUCACUCCAAACACUUCCUAAAUGCACACAAUGGUUCUUGCAGCUGCCUUGCAGUUUAGGAAAGAUCAAGUCACAGACAUGUAGAUCAGAGAGCUGCUAUUCCUGAGUGGCUGAGGUAGCCAUGAGUAGUCGGGAGUUGGUCUUUCUGAGUGUGGGAGGUGUGAGAUUUGUAACCCGGGCUUCUACCUUGCAGCAGUUCCCUGAGUCCAGGCUGGCACGGAUGGUGAAUGAUGAUGACCCAGAAUUUAAACUGGUGAAUGGAGAGUUUUUUGUGGACAGAGAUGGAGCUUUGUUUAGUUACAUCAUGGACUUCUUGAGGACUCUCCAGGUGUCCUUACCAACUGAUUUCUCAGACUAUCAGAGGCUGCAGAGAGAAGCAGAAUACUAUGGACUUUACCCCCUGGCCGACCUCCUGAGCCAAGAACAUUUGCUGAAGCCGAGGCUGGAGAUCUUGGAAGUGCGUUUUUCUCUUCAAGAAAUGCAGGCCUUUUUCCGGAUCUUUGGUUCCUGCAGUACCACCAUUGAGGCACUAGCUGAGCAGAUCACUGUAUUUACAGGGCAGCAGUCAGGACAGGGCUGGAACAGCCCCUUUUCUUCUCAGAAACGACUUGUUCCACUUCCUUUGGAAAGACCCUCUCAUCAUGAUAUGGUUUUUCUGUGUGGUACUGAGUAUUCUGCUGGUGACCAGGUCGUGGCCAGGUAUGUUUCCAUAAAGCCUGAUAAUAGAAAGCUGAUUAAUGGUACUAAUGUGCUAGGCCUGCUGCUUGACAGUUUACUCAAAGAUGGAUUUCGCCUCAUAAGCACCAGGACAGUUGCCAGUGAAGAGAAGGUUGAAUGCUACACUUUUGAAAGGAUGAAGAAGGCAGCAGGCCUUGCCAUCAUGGUGAACCAAACUGCAGGGAGCUCCGGGGUAGCACAGGCAAGGAGAAGCCAAAUACAGAAAGGGAAAUAAAGGCUUUUUCUUCCAUCUUUUGAAUGUAGAAGAGGCAUGUGUCAGCACUAGUGGCCAUUUUUUGUUGUUGUUGUUGUUGUUUUGGCUUGUUUGAAACUGCAGCUAUUGAGGGAAGUAAUAAACAUGUUUUCUUUCAAGUAUUUAGGGGGAAAAAUGGCUUUCUUGCCUUUUAGUGCUCCACCCUCUUUAAGUAAAAGAAGCCCACCAGAUUUCAG